AUGGAUUUCCCACGCCCCCUUUCCAUUCAUGCUCCCUUCCCCUAUCCGACAAACACCACCAAGACCACUCCCAUCGUCGCCAUGGCCUCCAUUCCCACACCUGCGCCCUCUCCUCCCCCAUCCACCAAGGGGACAACCACCACCACCACCACCACCACAGCCCAAGACACCCUCCAGCCAUGGAUCGAAACCCCCCUCAUCUACUCGGCCCAAAUGUCCCGCAACGCCGGGUGCAACAUCUACCUCAAGCUAGAGAACGUCCAACCCUCUGGGUCGUUCAAGUCCCGCGGAAUCGGCAACAUGAUGCUCGAAGCCUCCCAAUCCACCCCCCCGACAACAAAAACCCACUUCCUCUGCUCCUCCGGCGGCAACGCCGGCCUGGCCUGCGCAACCACCUCCCUCUCCCUCCCCAACAGCACCGCCACCAUCGUCGUCCCCCUCUCCACCUCCCCCUUCAUGGUCCAAAAGCUCAAAGACGCCGGCGCCCAAGUCGUACAGAAAGGUCAGUCCUGGAUCGAAGCCGACACUUUUCUCCGCGAGGAACUUCUCGCCAAGGACACCCCCGGUGUGGAGAAUGUUUACGUCCCCCCGUUUGAUCACCCUGCCAUCUGGCGCGGGGCUUCUACCCUGAUUGAUGAGGUGGUUAGGCAAAUGCCAGAAGGCCAAAAAAUGGAUGCGGUGGUUUGUAAUGUUGGAGGGGGCGGGUUGGCGAACGGUGUCUGCGAGGGCGUUCACAAGCAUGGGUUGGAGGAUGGGGUCAAGGUUGUGGCGCUUGAGACCGAGGGGGCGGAUUCGUUGUUUCAGAGCACGCUCAAGGGGGAGUUGGUCACGCUGGAGGGGAUUACGAGUUUGGCGACGAGCUUGGGCGCUAGGACGGUCAGUGAAAGGACGUGGGAGUGGUAUCGGCAGAUGAAGGGGGGGGUUUGUCUCGGGGGUCGUGACGGAUAA